UUGAGACGGGGGAUCAGGAGUGCAAGCACUCACAGCUCGCAUAAAGGGGUGGUGAGGUCACUGCCUCAACUGCCCCAACUACCCCCUGCCCUGUCCCGCCCUGCCCCGCCGCCACUCUCCGCCUUUUCCGCCCGCCGAGGGACAUUUCAAGGGCGCAUAUAUAUAUAAAAGUAUGCAUCUGUUCCCCCAUCGCUUAGAGGCGCGAAAGGUAAAAGACGCCGGGACACUUGAGAAGACCGGCGGGGGAAGCAAUUCCCGGCCUCGCCCCGCUCCGCCUCCUGGGCGGGGAUCGUCGUAAUAAGAGGCGAAGCGAGCUACCGCCAUUUUGGGCUGGUAGUGGUUGCGUGUGGUUUGUCUUCUGUCUGUUUCGGUCUUGCCUGAAGGAGUUGUUGCUGCUGUCGUCAUGUUCUCCACCAGCGUGGCUGCCUCUCUUGCCCGCUCCCUGCCUCGGCAGGCCGGCCUGAUUUCCAGAAACAUUCUGGGUGCAGCGUUUGUUGCUACAAGAAACCUCCAUGCCUCCAAAACAUGCUUUCAGAAAACUGGUACUGCUGAGGUAUCCUCUAUUCUCGAGGAACGUAUUCUGGGAGCUGACACCUCUGCUGAACUUGAGGAGACUGGCCGUGUGCUCUCAAUUGGUGAUGGUAUUGCCCGUGUGUAUGGCCUAAGAAAUGUCCAAGCAGAAGAAAUGGUUGAAUUCUCUUCUGGAUUGAAGGGUAUGUCCUUGAAUUUGGAGCCCGACAACGUUGGUGUUGUUGUGUUUGGUAAUGACAGACUGAUCAAGGAGGGGGAUAUUGUGAAGAGGACUGGUGCCAUUGUGGAUGUUCCAGUUGGGGAAGAGCUGCUGGGCCGUGUUGUAGAUGCCCUGGGUAAUCCAAUUGAUGGGAAGGGUUCUGUUGCAUCUAAGAUGCGUAGGAGAGUUGGCUUAAAGGCUCCUGGGAUAAUUCCCAGAAUCUCUGUGCGUGAACCUAUGCAAACUGGGAUUAAGGCUGUAGACAGCUUGGUGCCAAUUGGUCGUGGCCAGCGUGAGCUGAUAAUUGGUGACAGGCAGACCGGGAAAACUUCAAUUGCAAUUGACACAAUAAUCAACCAGAAACGUUUUAAUGAUGGGACAGAUGAGAAGAAGAAGCUGUACUGUAUCUAUGUUGCAAUUGGCCAGAAGAGAUCUACUGUUGCUCAGCUGGUGAAGAGGCUCACUGAUGCAGAUGCCAUGAAGUACACUAUUGUGGUGUCUGCCACAGCAUCUGAUGCAGCACCCCUUCAGUAUCUGGCUCCCUAUUCAGGCUGCUCCAUGGGUGAAUACUUCAGAGACAAUGGAAAACAUGCAUUAAUCAUCUAUGAUGACUUGUCCAAGCAGGCUGUUGCCUAUCGUCAGAUGUCUCUGCUGCUGCGUCGUCCACCUGGCCGUGAAGCCUACCCAGGUGAUGUGUUCUACCUGCACUCUCGACUGCUGGAAAGAGCAGCCAAAAUGAAUGACUCCUUUGGAGGCGGCUCUCUGACCGCCUUGCCUGUCAUUGAAACUCAGGCUGGUGAUGUGUCUGCUUACAUUCCAACCAAUGUCAUCUCCAUCACUGAUGGACAGAUUUUCUUGGAAACGGAGUUGUUCUACAAAGGUAUCCGUCCAGCCAUCAAUGUUGGCCUGUCUGUGUCCCGUGUAGGCUCUGCUGCUCAGACCAGGGCUAUGAAGCAGGUGGCAGGUACCAUGAAGUUGGAAUUGGCUCAGUAUCGUGAAGUAGCUGCCUUUGCCCAGUUUGGCUCUGAUCUGGAUGCUGCUACACAACAGCUGCUGAACCGUGGUGUACGUCUGACAGAGCUUCUCAAACAAGGACAGUAUGUUCCCAUGGCUAUCGAGGAACAGGUUGCAGUCAUCUAUGCUGGUGUAAGAGGUCACUUGGACAAGCUGGAGCCCAGCAAAAUUACUAAAUUUGAGAGUGCUUUCCUAGCUCAUGUACUGAGCCAGCACCAGGCCCUCCUAUCCACAAUCAGGACUGAAGGGAAGAUCUCUGACCAGACAGAAGCUAAGUUGAAGGAAAUAGUCACAAGUUUCCUGGCUACUUUUGAGGGAUAAACAUAAAACUGUUCAAACAGACCAGGCUCUUGUGAUACAGUGCUCCAGUUCAGUCAAAGAUUUGCAAGUAUGUGCAACUUGAAUGUACAGAUCUCAAUGACAAUAAAAGUUCCUAUGUAAAAAGGCUUGUAUAUUCUGAUUGCCUUCUGGCUAGCUGCUUUCACCUUUAAAACUGUGGAGGACUCCCUGUGACAUGUGCUUGCUUAAAAGAACCCUGAAAAAUUGGUGGCAUCUUAACUCCCCAGCUGGAUCAAACUCCCCUUACGUGAAUGAGGAGGUGUAGCGGUUAGUUUCUGGAGCUAUGACCACAGUUCUCAUUGUGACAGCUGAGGAUUGCUCUUGCAGUUUUCAUACUUUUUGCCAGACAGCUGAUCUCUGAGAAAGGCAUUCAGCUGGGGAAACAAGUUAUGUUGUCUUGUCAUGAGUGGUAACUAGUUGGACCUCACAGAAAUCUCUAACAGCCUGAUACUGUUACAGAGUAUUUCUUAGAAUUGCUGUCAAACCUAUCCUGGGGCCUGGCUUUUGCAAGAUGGGUUCUCUCAGAACUGAGGUCCUUGUGUCUCAGGACAACUGUAGUUGAUUCUAAUUCUGUCAGUAAACUGUCAGCAAUUAUUAGUGGGCGGGAGGGAGGUUACAAUACCAGAACAUUGCUUUAAUUUCCCAACUUCUGCAUGCCAUGUGAGGCAUUAGAUUCCAGUGUUAGACCUAUCUGGGAUGUAGGAAAGUUAAAAGUUGCUCUAUUUUGUAUGGUGUAUUCAACUUCACCUGGUACAUUGGAGCUUGGUCCUUAAUCCUUGGUGAGCUUUUGUACUGCAGUUACCUGUGAUCAAGACUGCUCUUGAGGCUGUUCACUCUGUUCCCAGUUAACUUCCUUCACAGGAGCAUCUUGCCUCCCAGUUUGAACCUGCUGUGUUAUAAGCUGCUAGAAGCAUUCUCACUCAGUUCCAGGCUAACAAUCUGCUCUGUUGUACUGGGUCUGACUGAGGUAAAGUUCACAGCUGUCACUGACAUCUUUUCAUAAAAAUGCUUUCUUUAGGAUUUUUCCCCCUUCUGAGAAGCUGUGGCCUCAGCAACAAAAUGUAAACAAUGGUUAUCUGCUGCUGUGGAAUGCCACAGGUAGAUCUGUGAUUGGUCUCGGGUGGAUGUUUGGAUUUACUGACCACUCACGGCAGAGCUGGGUCUCACUCUCUGCUGAGACACAGCCCUUUGUUAUUCAUUCCUUUUCUGUUCUUAGCUUAGCUAGCCUUCUGAGAACUUUCCUUCUAUUUCUUUUUAGUAUAGUUAUAAUGUAAUAUAUAUAUCAUAAAAUAAUAAAUCAAGCCUUCUGAACAUGA